AUUGCUCCAGGUAGUCCUCCAGUCUGCUGAAGACCAGGACUGAAUUCACAGCCCGGUCUGCAGGAAGUCAGUAGUGCAGCUGCUGUUUUUCAAGACCACAAAUCUCCCUAAAUACUGCCAGUCAGCUGCUACAUGGUCUGCAGCUGCAACAUAGAAGGUACCUGUAAUAUUUAGCAAAGCAGGGUGAAUUCACUGGUCAGCAGAGUCAGAAAGAAAAACAGAGGUGAAUAAGAGUAGCUGCUUUUUUUCUGUCGGGCAGAGUGCAUUGGGAGACUUAUCAGCGUUCCCUUCAGCGGCGUGUUGGAGCAAAGUCAGGAGUUGAGGAAACCUGCUGAGUUCAUGUUGCAGAGGGUGGAGAAGGAGAGCCGGCAACAGGACGAAUCAGGAGGGAAGAGUGAAGGAAAAAAACAGAGCUGAAAACAAAGAGUCCUCAGCUGCAGAGAAGAAAGAGACAGAGAGAGACGAGGAGCGGAGGAGUCGAACCCGCUGAUAGGCAGACGCUGGACAACAUGGACGUGAGCUCUGCCAUGGAGAAGAUGUCUGUGAAGCAGCGUGCAGGAGUUGCGGUACAGUGUCAUGCAUGUAAGGAGAGCUGCUCUGGAUUCCAGCCACAUUCUUGGAGGAAAGCCUGCAUUGCCUGCGGCUGCAGCACGGUUGACCACGCUCCUGGAGGUGACGCCGAAGAUGACCAGCAAAUGGGACGCCUGCUCGCAGACUCACCCUGCUCCCAUUUGACAGCGAAGGUCAAAGGAGGCGGCGGCCUUCGCAUGUACAAGAGGAACCGCAUGAUCGUGACCAAUCCCGUGGUGUCGCGUAAAGACCCGACCUUCAACACUACGACAUACGACUGGGCGCCGGCCGGCCUCAACCAGACACUGGCUAUGCAGUACAUGGAGCUCAUCCCAGAGAGUCGACGUCCCCUCUCAGGGACAGUUGGAGCGUUGGAGCGACGCAGGCAGCUCUUCAGUCAGCUCCCAGCCUACGAUCAGGACCCCAUGAAGUGUCAGAGCCUGGCCAGUGAGGAGGAGAUUUCCUCCAUGCUGCUGUUUGUGAAGAGCUACAAACAGGAGGUGCUGGGAGUCGGAGAGGUGGCCCUACCUGGUGAGGGCGGAGCUCUGAGGGAAGCAGCCAUUCAGAGGACAGCGAAGGAAGCCAAGGACCGUAGUAACAGCGACAAGAAAGGUGCUCUGGAGCAGCAGCACCACGGCUCGACCGACAGCAGCACUGCCACUGCCACUGGCUCCACUAACGGAACAGAUGACAAUACCAAGACUGUACAUCUGUGCACUGGUUGCCAAGGUGAGGUUGCCAAGGAGAAUCCAGCUGUUUACGCCGAGCGUGCAGGUUACCAUAGCGCCCUGUGGCAUCCCACCUGCUUCGUAUGUUCAGAGUGUGGCCAGGGUCUGGUGGACCUGGUCUACUUCUGGUCCAAUAAGAAGCUGUUCUGUGGACGACACUACUGUCAGACGGUCCGGCCGCGAUGCUCGGGCUGCGAUGAGCUGAUCUUCUGUCAGUCUUUUCACACGGCUAAAGAUGGAGGGACAUGGCAUCCUCAUCAUUACUGCUGCUGGAAGUGCGGGCAAAACCUGGAUACACCCUGUCAGCACUGAGACGCUCACGCAACACAGUGUUCAACACAAUAUGGUGUUCAGUUUAAAGAAGUUUUAGCACUGCUAGAAAACAGAAUAACAAGGUCAGACAAGACAAAAAAAUGUUGAUUCUCUUUUUUUCUAUAAACAAAAGAAAUACGUAAAGGAUAAAUAAUCCUUAAUAGGUAGUGCUUAACGUCUUUAAAUUAUAUGUUUAGUUGACAUUUAGUAUUUAAAAUACUGUAUCCUACAGGGCUGGCUGAUAUAUUGAUGUUUAAAAUACUUAAGACAUCUAACUGACGUUGAAGUACUUUAAGACUUGUUCAGUUGAGCCUACUGGUGUUUCAAGUACUUAAGGAAAUGUUUAGUUGACACAAAAGUGUUUAAAGUACUUAGAAACAUUUGGUAGAUUUAUUAGCACUUAGCGCUGACAGUGACUGGAGCCAGAUGUUUCAGAUACAUACAGCAGCCUACAGGACGGAGGAUCAGACCUGACAGUUUAGAGAAGAAAUCAGUAAAUUAGAUAAAAUUACAAAUACAUUUAUUAGUAAACAAGGAUAGAAAAAGGCCCACUUACUCGCUGGUUUUAGAGCUUUCAAUCACAUCACACAGUCUUCAUCAGCAGAUGGAGUGGGCUCAGUAAUCAUGGAACUGUAGAUGUUAAAGUUUUUUAACAUUGCAUUUUAACAUACGGUCAUAGAUUAGGUCUAGAUUUUGAAGGGCCACACUGUGUUGUUGUAAUCUUAACACAGAAAUUAUCUCGGAAGACUUUACUAAAUAUUAACGCAGUUGUAAUUAAUUACCAUGUCAGGUUUGAGUCUGUGCACAUUUGUGUAUCACUUUUAUUUCAGGCAGAAAUAACUAGAUAUUUUACUUUAACAUCAGAGAACUGGACAGCUAGAAGGCUGGAAAAGGCGUGUAACUAAUUAGAAAUUAAUAAUACUCUGCUGGAUUUUUUGUUUGUUUUGUUUUUGUUUUUGCUGCAGUAGAUUUUAACCAUCUGCUUUUUAAUACUCAUCAUUUGAAGUUGGGUCGUGUUUUUUGUACUAACUGUAGGCUAUAAACAGAAGCAGAGAUUUUACUCUUAAUAUGUAAUUUUCUUAAUUUUCUUGUCUUUCUUUUUGACGUGUUAUUUUUGUGGAUCCAUUUUGCAGUUAACCUCUUAGAUAAACAUGGAUCUCUGCUGCUGCUAAAUGCUGCUUUAUGUUAGUUAUACUCCUGAUAAAGUUUUGUAUUUUGCUACAGUUGACAAAGAUGUUUGUCACCCAAGAGGAGAGUACUGUGAAGUAGCCACACAAAGUUUACUGGCUGCAUUGUAUUUUUGCAACAUGAUAUAAAAAAGCCCCUUUAAAAAGUUAGCCAGAAAUAAAAAUGUGCCAUUGAUGUAAGCUAAUUAGCUUUAGCCUACUUUUAUUCCCUGAAAUAAAGCCAGUCAAUACAGCAGCUAGCAUAACAUCAGCUAAUAUUAGCACAUUUUUUCAUUCUUCAGGUUAGCAAAAUACAAACUGUUUAGAAACAAAAACAACAUUUUAGCUAGCAAUAAAAGACAGAAAUAAAAAUGUGUGCUAGAUGGACGCUAAUAAGCUUUAGCCUACUUUUAUUCCCUGAAAUCAAAUUAAUCAACACAGCAGCAGCAUAACAGCUAAUAUUUUCUUGUGUUUUUUUUUAAUCCUUUAGCUACUUUUUGGAUUGACUGCAGUUAGCAAAGUGCAAACUGUUUAGAAGCAAAACCUUUUUUAGUUAGCAAUAGGCCUUGUUUGACUUGAUCAGCUAGCUAAGUAGCAUAUAGUUACAUAUCUGAUAAAGUAUUGUAUUUUGUCACACCUAAAUAAAGUAAAUGUAUGUAUGUCAACCAAGAGGAAAGUAGGCCUGCUGUUAAGUAACCUACAAAACCUUUUCUGAAAUAUUUCUUUGAAAUAGGCUGUAAAAAAUCUUUUAAAAGGUUAGCCAGAGAUGAAAGCUUUUAGCUUUAGCCUACUUUUGCUCCCUGAAAUAAAAUCAAACAAUACAAGCAGCUAGAAUAAUCGCUAAUAUUUGCUGAUGUUUUGUAAUCUUUCAGUUACUUUUUGAAUUGAAUGCGGUUAGUAAAAUGCAAACUGUUAAGAAACAAAAACAAUAUUUUAGCUAGCAAUAGGCAGACUGUUUGACUUGAUCAGCUAGCUAAAUGUAGCACAUGGUUAUCGGAUAAAGUUUUGUAUUUAGGUAAAUGCCAGUCAACCAAGAGGAGAGUUGGCCAACUGUUAAGUGAUUUACACAAAGUUUUCUGGCAGGAAAAUUAGCUUUAGCUUACUUUUGUUCCCUGAAAUAAAAUUGAUCAAAUCAAGCAGCUAGCAUAGCAUCAGCUAAUAUUUGCCUAUGCUUUUUAAUCCCUGGGUUACUUUUUGAAUGAUUGCUGUUAGCAAAACGCUAGUUCUUUUAGAAACAAGAACAACAUUGUAGCUAGCAAUACUGUUUGACGUGUUCAGCUAAAUAUGUAGCUUAAAGACAACAAUAUGGUUUAAUGUUAUCUGUGGCUAUACUUGUGUCAUAUAUAGCAGUAUUAACUUGAAUAUUGAUAAUAGUGUCAUCUUUGUGUCAGUAGGCCUACGACAUGUUUAGCCUAGCUUAGCACAAAAACUGGAAGUGAGGGUAAAUGCUAGCCUAGCUCAGUCAGUUAUUAAAUAAAACAUGUCUGAAAUGACUGCACUGAGAUGAGUUAUUAAUCUUUGUCUGGGUAACAUGAUAAACAAGGAUUUCUAAAAAAUCUGCUCUGUGAGAGACACAAAGUUUUUGUAAAAACAUCAGAAACUGACAGACUGCCAGAAUCUGGACCUUCUUGGACUUCACUUUCAUACUGUAUUCGUUCUGUUAUUAUUCACAAUAAGGAAUUCCCAGUUAAACAAUUAACUGUGUGCUGUUUUCAGUAACAGUUGUGGACGCAGAUGGUGUUUUAGUGAUUUGAAGGAAACCAUCACUUGUUCAGUGCUUUUUCCACUGCACUGUGGGAUAUAUCACAACACAAUGAAAUUAUAGGUCUACCAAUUACUGAAUUCCACAGUGAAUAGUAAAUGAUGUGGCUUUGUCAUAUUUUACUGUUUUAAAUCAGACGUGAUGAUGUUUUUAUGUAGAUGAGAGGUUUUAAUGUGAUGAUGUCUUCACCUGCAGGGGUUAAUGAUAAUCCCACACCAAGAUAUGGUUUAUAUGUUUGUCUGUGCAUCAGCAUUUUCUUCAAUGGAAAAUCAUAACAUGUCAAAGAAAGUAUUUGUAUGCUGAUACUGUUUUGAAAGCUGUUUGGUUGGAAUUAAAGUCACUUCUGAUUGAA